AUGUCGGGAUCAUUAGGACUUGGAGAUUCGUGGGGAAGUCGGGUACCAAUGUCGUCAAUAGACAGUUUAGCCAAGGAGCUCGGCGCUCAUCUGCUACAGACACUGGACGGUUUCAUCUUCGUCGUGUCUCCAGACGGCAAGAUAAUUUACAUAUCAGAGACGGCAUCAGUACAUCUUGGAUUAUCACAGGUUGAGCUGACUGGUAACAGUAUCUACGAGUACAUUCAUCCAGCCGAUCAUGAUGAGAUGACAGCCUUACUGACCGCCCACCAACCAUACCAUACACACGUACUCUCAGAUUAUGAGAUUGAGCGGCAGUUUUUCCUGAGGAUGAAAUGUGUCCUGGCGAAGAGGAAUGCUGGUCUUACAUCCGGUGGUUAUAAAGUUAUCCACUGCUAUGGUUAUCUAAAGAUCAAACAGUACUCCAUGGACGUAGCCCCUUAUGAUGGUUGCUACCAGAACGUGGGUCUGAUCGCCGUGGGACACUCUCUCCCUCCCAGCUCGCUAACCGAAGUCAAGAUGUACAGCAAUAUGUUCAUGUUCAGGGCAAGUCUGGACAUGAAGCUGAUUUUCCUGGAUGGAAAAGUGGCACAACUCACUGGCUACGAACCCCAGGAUCUCAUCGAGAAAACACUCUACCAAUUUGUUCACGCAACAGACAUCCUACACAUUCGAUAUGCCCAUCAUACACUAUUGGUAAAGGGGCAAGUGACGACCAAGUACUACCGAUUCCUGGCUAAACAUGGCGGCUGGGUGUGGAUGCAAAGCUCUGCUACCAUUGUCCACAAUAGUCGCUCAUCGCGCCCUCAUUGCAUCGUCAGCGUCAAUACCGUACUGAGCAAUAUUGAAGACAAAGAACUUGUUCUUCAACUGGAUCAACUCCAAGCCAAGACUGAAUCCGCCUACACAAGUCUUCAAGAGAAGACACGACCUGGUAAAAGCCAUCGAUCAAGCAAGUCCAAGAGCAAGACCAAAUUCACGCCGUACCAGCUCCCCACUCAGCCGGCUGUGAUGUACGGGGAAGCUGCGUCUAGUUCGGACUACACCCAGGCCAAGGCGUACGCUCAAUAUGCCGCUGCGUCCACCUGCGAUGUGCCCAUGCCAGCUGCCCAGUACGCCACGGUCCCUUACCAGGAGGGGCUGGAUAGGUACAAUGCGAUGUACCCACACGCUAGCUACACCACAGCUGGCUACCAACACAACAUGUAUACGGACAGUGCAUAUAAUUACAGUAACUCGUUCGCGUACCCGACAGCUGAGGCUUAUGCCCACUGUAUGAACGAGAGGUUGCAAGGUUACCGUAGUGGACAUUACGGGGAUGACCGGUAUUACACAGCCUCUACGGACCCUAGAGGUUACUACCACCACUGGUCAGCAUCGACAGACCGCCCGGUGGCGCAGUCGCAGGGAUAUCACUCCGACGUAGCCGCCUCCAACACGGCAACAAGUAAGAAGAGUUCAUCAACGCAUGUGCAAUCAGAUCACGACAGGCUCCAGGAGACCAAUCCAGUGUCUUGUUGCAACGGGACUGGGGUGUCUACUGCCGACAGUAACCAAUCAGAGCUGCUGUUGCAGCAGUGCGGGCACGCACCCAGCGUGUCGUCACCGUCUCGCUCAAACGCUGCGGUGUCCCACGGGCGCCAUCAACAUGAACCCAUGACAGAACUGACGUCAUGCCAGAGGCAAUCUCCCUUACUUACUACGCGUAGCCCCUCCAGCACGUCCGACAUCUCACCACGGAGAUAUCACAGUCGCCGGACUACCAGGGAACAACAACAACCAGACGUCGUUGAAACGAACGGUAUGCCCGCCUCAACCAAAUUUGAUAACUUGGUGAGAGCCACGCAGAGACUUGUCAAAGACGAGCAAACCAACAAAAAACAACCCCGAACCAAAGCGUCCGCUGCCGUACAACAAUCGUCUGAGACCACCUACGUCCAUCGGUCAAGCCCUGCUGCCGGUAACACUGACCAAUCCUGCCGGCAGAGCAGUCCCUUGCAAGCCGACACCCUGCCGGCCCGGACCUCCUCUCGGACUCAGACCCACAACAACGUGGAAAACGGGGGCGAUAUGGAGAGCCGUCGCCCCAGAGACUAUCACGCUCAUGCCGACUCGAGGCAACGUUCCUCGUUUAUGACCACUUCGGAGCAUACUCCAGUGUAUCCCAUGUCCUUGACUAACCGUAACGGGGUAACUGAGUUGCAAGACAGGGGAACGGAACUCGGCAGUUCUUUGUACAGCACAACCAAGGAGCAUUCCACGUGCUAUUUCAACGAUGCCGCCAGUAGAGCCUACCUGGCGUUCGCCGAUGGCGGCGCUUUAUCUAGUCUACGUAGAAGCGGGAAGGAGCACAGCUUUAUGCACGCAAACAGUGCAAUAUGUGACAGGGCUGCUAUGGGUUGGUAUAGCAACGGUACACACGGUCAUAAGGAGCACAUGACAAAUGGUUAUGCUUAUUAAAAAUAAUAUAAUUAUCGACAAUCAGUUUGCCAUAGUACAGUAGUGAGCAAAAAUGAAAGCAUUUUUCUUAUAAUGCUUACAUUGUCAACUCGGAAGAAUAAAAUUAGAACGCACCUUUUCAGAGUUAAUUAUUCCGGAUAUCAAGUUAGUUGUACGCCUAUAGAAACGUCAAUCACCACAUCACAUGGUCACAUACGCAUGUCACAAGUAAUAGGCCUAAAUAACUGGCCCAGUCGAGAAAAGUUUCAUACCCCCUGUCACACAGCGGAAGUUUGUACAAUUAUUGCGCAAUCAGAAACAUGUACAUAGAGGGCGCACUAUCAGUAGUCUCGGGAGGAAUAACUUUGGGGGCGUUCGUUUAGCUUCCCUGGGUCUACCCCCGGUGCGUUAGAAUAGCUUUGACGUCAUUUCAGGGGCUCACACAGGUCAACCCCAGUGCCCUGCUUAUAGAGUGGGUCACUUGGGGGCUGGCCCCAGGUGCAUGGCGUCCACGAGAGCAGUGAGUGAUCGCUCGGUUAGCUCUUGUCAGGGGCUCACCCGACCGAGUGAGCACUGAGGGGUCGACCCAGGGAAGCUAAACGACACACCCAUAGUGUGGGAGAAGUUACAGCUAAAAAUAAAGGGGUUUAAGUCAGCCAAUGCAGUACCAAUCUCUUUAAAGGCGAAGCCCCAGUUACGUUCAUGAACUGAUAUGAUUGGCUAGUUAAAUAUUAUGAUUAUGUCAAGUAGUUUGAAAGGCAUGAAAGAUUGCUUUUGCGUGGUGUAUCUUUUUAAACGGGUGAUUUUAAUAUCUCGAUAUUUUGAUGCCUUUUAUUGUAUAAAAUUGAAUUUGUUGUGCUGUCUAUGAGUUUAUACAGAAAUAUUAUGAUAACGGUAGAGUAGGUUUAUCCCAAGUCACUACUGGGUUCAAUGAUUAUAAGCGGACCGUCGGUUCGAAGUGUUGACUUGACCACUGUAGACUUUCCCACGUCUUUAGAAAAGCGUCUUCAGUGCGUAAAUUAUUCCGAACAGUCAAAAGGUAUGUUUGGUCUUCGUUCAUUUUCCUUAAAGGCACUGGACACUACUGGUAAUAACUCUGUUGAACGUAUACAACUUUGUGAGAACGGCUCCCUCUGAAACAACGUAGUUUUUGAGAAAGAGGCGAUUUCUUACUCGAAUAUAAAAAGCCUGAAAC